UCUCGUUGAUCCGGCUGCGAGCAGUGCGCGCCGUGACGUGACAAUGGCGGUAGUCGUAAUUGCGGUACGGUGCGAUAUUGUGAUCAGCUGAUCAACCGAGUCUGAGAAGAAAGGAAAGAGAAAAAAAGCUCGAUAGCGAGAGAAAAAGCCCGUCUAUUUCAAGAGGUAUUUCAAGAGAGAGAGAGAGAGAGAGAGAGAGAAAGCAUCGGCGGAAGAGCGGCCGAAAGAGAGUUCGCCACCUCGCAAAUCACCCUCGCUGGUAAUGUCAACGCUCUCGUGAUCGGGCCCUCGAAGGUGUGCUCCUCAUUCUCCUCCGGUUGUAUGUGAAUUAUACGGUGUGCCGUCCCGGCGCUCUCCCCCCGCUACCCCCGUUCGCUACCCCCCGUUUCGUCGCCACGCGUGUACAUCCGCUCGGUGUGUUGUGUCUGUGCGGCACGUAUGCGUGAGGUUCGCACGCCCGGUAGAUAAAUGUCUCUCAGCCAUGCCCGCCGUGCGGAAGUACCGAAGGGAUACCAGCGAGGUGAGCUGCUGCCUCAAGUACGUGAUCUUUGGAUUUAACGUCAUGUUCUGGUGGCUCGGUCUGGGCAUCAUGGCGGUGGGCGUCUGGGCAUGGACCGAAAAGGACACCUUCAACAACCUGUCCCGCCUCACGAACGUCGCACUCGAUCCAGCAUUUAUCCUCAUUCUAGUCGGUACAGUGACAUUUAUCAUCGGUUUCACGGGAUGUGUCGGCGCGCUACGGGAGAACACAUGUCUCCUCGCCGCGUAUGCAGUAUUUUUGGCGCUACUACUGCUGAUGGAAAUGACUGCCGGUGUUUUGGGCUUCAUCUUUAAAGAUUGGAUAAAGUCACAAGCCACGGGCGGUUUCCAAGCGUUCAUCAUCCACUACAGGGAGGAUCCCGAUCAGCAAAAUCUCAUCGAUUGGAUUCAAGAAGAUUGGUUGCAAUGUUGCGGCAUCGAGGGACCGAAGGACUGGGACCGCAACAAUUAUUUCAAUUGUUCGUCGAGCGACAUAGGCUCGAGGGAAGCGUGCGGCGUGCCUUUUAGCUGUUGCAAGCGAAAACCUAAUGAAAUCAUUAAAAAUAAACAAUGCGGCUAUGAUGUAAGAAAACCAAGUUAUACGGGAGAGAGGAGUAUAUUCGAACGGGGUUGCCUAAGAGCGGGCGAGGAGUGGCUAGAAUUGAACCUCGUACCCGUCGCCGGUACUGUGGUCAGCACCAUGGUUCUGCAGAACUUUGAGGUCGCCAAAGUGAUUUAUGAAAAAGGUUGCAUACAGGCCGGAGAGGAAUGGAUAGAGCGAAAUCUCCUCGCAAUUGCCAGCGGCGCGGUUGGUACAGCGUUCGCUCAGAUUUUGGGAAUCUGCUUCGCGCAGAAUCUGCGCGCGGAUAUAUUCGCGCAAAAAGCGAAGUGGCAUUGACAAUCGCGUGCCCCCACGGCAGUCUAGCAUCUUGUCUUUAUAGAUGCUAACCGGCUACGUUGAUCGAGCUACAAGGUUUCGACGCGGACUUCGGAACUUCGGCGAAUGGACGGACUGGAUGGUUUCCUGGAAAUGAAGAGAGGACGGACGCUUCGAAGGAUUGUCACGAUCGAGAAUAAAUCGGAUGCCGAUUGCGAUUCUCCGACGAUAAUCAAAUCCGCCCGAUAACGCUGCGAUUUGCGUCGCUCAAAUCUUUCGACUUGUAAAUAUCCAAGAAAACUUCACAGUCGCGCGUAACGACCCCGUUCUUCUCUUUCGGUACCGUCCAAUCGAUUAAUCUGAUUUGCCGAAUAAUGAGGGAAAUUGAUUGUUUUCAAAGUUCAGUCUUAUCCGUCGCGCGUUGAAUAACGUCGUUCUUGAAUGGAUUUUCUCUCGUAAAUACAGAACGAUCUUCAAGAGCGAUGACAAAAUUCUUUUAAAUAUAUAUGCGCAUAUUAUUUAUUUGGCAUUAUAAUAAUUACUUC